AUGGGUCUCCUCAAAACUUCUCUUCUCGUUGGUGGCGGUAUCUACGCUGUGAAGACUAUCAUGAAGAAGCAUGACAAGAAAGAAGAAGAAAUGCGUAACAACAACAAUAACAACAUGACCGCGCCCAUGUACCAGCAAGGGCCGCCUCCGCAAUACACUCAGCAGCAGCCCUAUCAGCAAGGAGGGGACCAAGGUUAUACCAAUAACAACAACAACAACCAGAAUGGAUACAUGAAUGGAGGCUAUAAUCAUGGCUAUCAGGGAUCAUCCAAAGGGCAAGAUAAUGGGGUUGAAAAGGUCCGAUACUAG